AUGUCCAGUUCUAAGGGAGAGAAGACAAUGUCUUCGCGGCUUCUGACCAUGAAGUUCAUGCAACGAGCUGCUGCGACAGCUGCCGCCAAAGAAUCCCCGCAGACUCCGACCGAAUCGAGCACGCCCACCCCCAAGCGCCAGAGGCUCACGCCGACCCAGAGCCCCGCCGGUCCAUCGUCAGAUCUGGAGGCCAUCUCCGCUGCCCUCGCGGCCGAGGAGGAUAAAAGGAGAGAAGCACUUUCGCGUCAGGCCGCAGAGGCCGGGGAGACGGAAUGGGUGCUCGACUACGAUGCCGGAGCGCAGGUUUCUGUGCAGCCGAUGGUGGUCGCGGCGGAUUCGCUCGAUGCCGACGAUGAAGACAUGGUGCUCGGUGGUCGACAGGCCUACGGGAAUUUUAAGCGGAAGAAGAAGACAACUGAGACGCCACAGAGAGCGAAUGAGGAAUCCGAUUCGGAUGAAGAAGGUUCAGAAGAAGAUGAGGACGACGUCGAGUCCAUGAUCAACAAAGCAAAGACAAAGACAUCCAGCAAGAAGGAAAAGAGCAAGCCCCAGCCCAGGAGGGUUAAAUUGUCGCAACUCUCGAGUAUAUCGGGCGGGCGGCACGGGUCAGUCGGGGGUGGUAAAUCGCAGAAGAAACGAAAGCACAAAUAA